UGGAAUUAUAUAAAUUUGGAAGAAAAUAUGUUGCAAUGACCGGUGUCCAAGCAAUUUCAUGUAGGCUUUGCCUUAAAUCUAUAACCGAUAAAAGUUUUGUAGUAGUAGGUAGUGUUACUAGAGACAUUCUAGAUGUUUUUAUGCUGAAAUUGAAAUUAGAUACAGAGGGCAAAGAGUUUAUAUGUAAUGCUUGCAGAAGACAAUUAUAUGCAGCAGUAGAUUUUAAGUCAGCAUGUGUCAAAACCGAUACCACAAUUAUUCCGUAUGUGGACUGGGAAAAAAUGUUACAGCUCGACUUAAGAGAAGUGUACAUCAAGGAAAAGGGAAAUGAGUUGGUAAUGGAUGUUUCUGACAUUCAGAAAAUAUGUCGAUUGUGUAUGCAGCCAGUAAAUACUGAGUUUACCUGUAUAGGAGAAGAGCAACUAGAAGCUAUUGAGAAACUGGUUCCUGAAAUAAAUAUAAAUAUCAUCAAAGAUCCCGUUGUAUGUAAGCCAUGCUUCGAUUCCGUGUGCAUCCACAACAGUUUUCUAAAAAACUGCUUAGAAGUAGAAGAAAAAAUUAGAGGUAUUAUCGACAGUUCAACAGUAGAAAGUAAAAUGGAUACGUCACCAUCUGAUUUAUUCAUUAAGACUGAAAACUUAGACAAAGAAUUCGAUGUUAACGAGAUGGAAAUGUCAAUUAAAGUUGAAAUUGUGGACAUAAAAUCAGAAGAUGAGGAAAGGAGCGACACACAUAACUCCAACAAUGAGCCGUUCGAGGAGAGUGUGUGUAAAGAUGUAGAAGAGGAUGGGUGUAAACUUGAGAUUGGAUCAGAAAAGGAAUCCGUGCAGGAGCACAAAGUAUUGUACAAAUGUGAUAAAUGUGUUUACGAAACUGGAAGCACGAGCAGUUUUGCAGUACACUGUGCGAAACACGAGAACUGUUCGGAAGCGUAUAAAUGUGAAUCGUGUAAAUUUGAAACUGAAAAUGAGAAAUUACUUCAGUGGCACCGGUUGAGGCAUAAAUCCCUGGAACUACUUGUGCACCGGUGCAAAUCAUGUAAUUACAAGACAAAGCAUAAAUCCUACCUUGCUAAGCAUCAGGUGAAACACAAAAGUGCAUCUACAGCACGAUUGUACAAGUGCGGCUUGUGUGACUUCAAAACAAAGUGGAGGUCCAGCUUUAAUAAUCAUUAUAAAAAACACAAAGACUCAAUCAAAUGUGACGAGUGUGAUUGUAAAACCAAAUACAGUGCAUUGCUACAUGAGGGCACAUCACAACAGCCAAAUUAUAAAUGCAAUCGUUGCGACUGCAAAUCAAAAGAUAAGAAACUUUUUACUAGUCAACUGUCGAUGCAUAAAGCUGUCCCGCAAGUGAAAAUAUACAAGUGUAACAACUGCGAUCAUGAAACUAAACACAAAGGUAACAUCAAACUGCAUCAGCUUAGGCAUAAAGAUCCUUCACAAGUUCAAACAUGUAAUGACUGCGAUUAUGAAGCUAAAUACAGGAGUAAUAUCAAGCAGCAUCAACUGAAACAUAAAGAUCCUUCUCAAGCUAAGAUGGACAGGUGUGACAACUGCGGUUACAAGACUAUAUGCAAACGUGAUAUGAAACGGCAUCAACUGAAACAUAAAAUGUCUUCUCAUGUUCAGAUGUAG